CAGGAAGGGUGGAUCCUGCGUGUCUUGCAUCAACAUGGCCCAAGUAAUGUGCAAUGUGCCUCAGAGCCUGGCAUCCUGCAGAUGUCCACCCUCCACUUCUGCGUCGAGGCGUGGUUUCCUUCAAGGAGCAGCAGUCUCAGCACCGCUCAGCAGAGUGUCUGGAUCUCCUCUAAGGACAGCGGUUCUCGCAAUUGAGGCUCGAUACAGAGGGAAGGGCACAGAUCUGAGCAAGGUUGACCAAUUUAAGCGGCACGAAGCAGACGUGGGUUCCACAGAGAUUCAAAUAGCACGCAUCUCUGCGCGCGUAUUGCAGCUCACAGAACACCUGCAGACCCACCGCAAGGACUAUGCAUCCACGCGUGGCCUUGUCAUCCUUCUAGGACAGCGCCGCAGGUUGCUCACAUACCUGUACAAGCACAACAGGCCCAAGUAUGAGCAGCUGCUGCGUGAGCUCAGCAUCAGGCCUCUCAAGGUGCAGGCAGCCAGAGGAGUGAUUGUGAAGCUGUCAGAGGGGUCAGAGGUUGAGGUCAUGGGUGCUGCGGCCGUGGAGCAGGCCAUGGUAUGAGUUGGGAGCCCACGCACUCAGCCAAUGCUCAAUUGUGAUUACAAAUGUGCAAUGAGAGUAUCCUUUUCAAUCUGAUGGGGGUGCAAGGCUACACAUCGCUGCAGAGACUGCAGCUGAAAAACCAAACACACAAAUCAGCAGAAAGUGCUUGAUGGGUCCUCUCACUAGCCCGGCUGGGCAAGUAAAUCAGAUUUGCUUGUGAUCAGGUGUACAAUUUUACCUGCAAAGUCUUGGGGACGAAUGUUAUGUUAGCUUCCUUGGAAGAGAACUAAAGGCAUGGCUGACUUUUGACUAACCGCUUUUAAAGUUACUCAAGCCAUUUUGUGUUGGUUGUCAGGCAUGUAACAGAACAUACGUGCAAUUUUGUUUGCACUGCUUUAUAGC